AUGGCAUCAUCAACUACCAACAGUGUUGACAGCACAUCGAACGGCGUGCCGGCGGGCGGUUCGAAGAAAGUGUGGACGACGCUCAUCACGAAUACGGCGUACCUCAGCGGUCUCCUCGCGCUCGACUACAGCUUGAAGAAGCACGGCACCAGAUAUCCACUCGUCGCGCUCUACACAGACACAUUCCCCCAAGAGGGCCACGAGGCGCUCGACAGGCGCGGCAUACCCAAGAAGUAUGUCCCGUAUCUGCUGCCGAAGGUGGACAAGGACUACACGAACGACCCACGGUUUUACGACUGCUGGAGCAAGCUUACGCCCUUCUCGUUGACCGAGUAUGACCGCGUCGUGCAGUUGGACUCGGAUAUGCUGGCGCUGAAGAACAUGGAUGAGCUUAUGGAGAUGGAGCUGGAUCCUCCGAGCGCGGCGGGCAAGGGACAAAGGGUCUUCGCAGCGAGCCAUGCAUGUGUGUGCAACCCGCUUAAGAAGCCGCACUAUCCGAAAAACUGGAUACCGGAGAAUUGCGCAUUCACCUCGCAGCACGACAAGCCCGACGAAGCGCAAAAGCAAGGUGCGGCGCCUGACUUUGGUCUCGGCAUGCCCAACGGCGGUCUUCAAGUCGUGAACCCCUCGAAAGACGUCUACCAGCUCAUCUCCGACCAGCUCGGCAAAGAGUCAUCAAUGGACUAUGACUUUGCGGAUCAGUCGCUGCUCGGCGAUGUCUUCCACGGUCGCUGGGUCGCGCUGCCCUACAUCUACAAUGCUUUGAAGACGCUGAGGCACAAGGGCGUGCACGACAAGAUCUGGCGGGACGACGAGGUGAAGAACAUCCAUUACAUCCUGAGCCCCAAGCCGUGGGACGAGAAGGCCGGAGAGGAGAAAGAGGAGAGCCACACAUGGUGGCAUGCGGUGAACCAGGAGAGAUUAACCGAAGAGAAGAAGAGGAACAUCGACGACGGCUUCUGA